ACAACUGACGUUUAACUAACCAUAUUUUUAUCACACGUGAAGUUCAAAAUUGAAAACUUUAUGGUAAAUGUGUUGAAUUAAAAAUGUCUUUUUUUAUAAAAGGAAAGCAACAGAAUGGUGUAAAAAGGGCCAAAUAUUCUGCAACAAAAAUUAAAAAACGUAAACUUACUGAUACACCAAAAAAAAGUAAGAAACAAGAUGAAGAAAUAACUAGUAGUGAAGAUGAAGAUAUUUUCGAAGAUAAAUCGGGCGAUUAUUCUCUAUCUGAAGAUGAACAGGAAACGGCACAAGAAAAGAAACUACGUUUAGCCAAAAUUUAUUUAGAAGAGAUAGAAAAAGAAGAGAAAGCGAGAAGGGAUGAUAAAGAAGUAGAUGAAGCUGUUAUUUCCAAAAGAUUAAAAGAGGAUUAUUUAAAAGAAACUGGUAAAUUACGAUUACAAGUUGCGAGUAAAUACACAAAAUUAGACGAAAAUAUACAAACUUUGAAAUGUAGAGAGCAACAUAAAACUAUAACGUGCAUUUGCAUUUCAUCUGAUAAUAAAUACGUUUUUGUGGGCAGUAAAGAUGGAGUGGUUGUUAAAUAUUCUUUAUCAGAUUGCAAAAGAAUUGGUGUGAUUCCUUUUGUAAAGAAUUCUCAAGGAGAAGUCCUUGGACAUAAUAGUGAAAUAUUUAGUUUGGCUAUUUCCUCUGAUAGUAAAUAUUUAGCAGUAGGUACAAAAUGUAGUGAUGUGUAUAUCUGGGACGCGAAUACAUUCAAGUUUAUCAAAAAAUUUCAAGGACAUAAAAAAGGUAUUACUGGAUUGUGCUUCAAAAGGGAUUCCCACACAUUAUACUCCUGUUCAAAAGAUAGGACAGCAAAAGUUUGGAGCUUAGAUGAAAUGGCUUAUGUUGAAACACUAUUCGGACACCAAGACGUAAUAUCAUCCAUAGACGCUUUAUAUAAAGACAGAUUAGUUUCCUGUGGUGGAAGAGAUCUUAGAAUGUGGAAAAUACCAGAAGAAACCCAACUGAUCUUCAAUGGACAUAUAGGAAACAUAGACAAUGUUAAAUUGAUCAACGAAGAUACUUUUGUAUCAGGUGGAGAUGAUGGGCAGAUUUGUAUUUGGAGCAUGACAAGAAAAAAACCGUUAUGUGUUAUCAAUAAUGCCCAUGGAGUUGAUACAAAUACUAAACAACCAUUUUGGAUUAGUGCUAUUGCAGCUUUACACAAUACUGAUUUGAUAGCAUCCGGAUCAAAUGACGGUUUUGUUAGGCUGUGGAAAAUGGAAAAUAAUUUUAAAAAUCACAGUUUAAUCAAAGAAAUACCUGUGGAAGGAUUUGUUAAUUGUUUGCAAUUCACAACUGACAGUAAAAGACUAGUUGUUAGUGUCAGUAAGGAGCAUAAAUAUGGGAGGUGGACUACUAUAAAAUCUGCUAGAAACUGUUUAAAAAUUCUAACAUUUUUAGUAAAUAAUGAUUGAUUAUGUACGUUGAAUAAAUUGUAUAUAUUUAUGUUUUAAUAUAUUUUUAAAAUUUAUAAA